AUGAAGUCCUUACAGAUUCUCUCUCUUGCUGCCCUUGCGGCCGGUAGCCCCAUUGGAUCUAUCCAAGAAUAUACUCGCAUUCUCAAGGCUCGCCAGAGCGACACCAGCUUCACCACCACACAAGCUGAGCUCAACAACUUCCAAUUCUACAGCCAGUAUGCCGGAGCUUCUUACUGCAACUCCGCCACGCCUGCCGGUCAGGCCGUCACAUGCGCCGACAACGUCUGCCCUGACGUUGCCGGAACUGUCGUCAACUCCUUCACCGGCUCCGUAACCGGCAUUGGCGGCUUCGUCGCCGUCGACAGCGCCCACCAGCUCAUCGUCCUCUCCGUCCGCGGCAGCAACAACCUCCGCAACUUCAUCACCGACGUCGUCUUCGCCUUCACCGACUGCAGCUUCGCCGACGGCUGCGAGGUCCACGACGGCUUCAACGAUGCCUGGAACGAAAUCGCCGACGCCGCCACCGCCGCCAUCAGCCAGGCCGUCGCCGCCAACCCGGGCUUCAAGAUCGUCACCACGGGCCACUCCCUCGGCGGUGCUGUCGCCACCCUCGCGGCCGCCACUCUCCGCACCCAGGGCUACAACAUCGACAUCUACACCUAUGGAUCUCCCCGCGUGGGCAACGACGUCUUUGCCAACUUCGUCACUGCCCAGCCCGGCGGCGAGUUCCGCGUCACCCACUUCGACGACCCUGUUCCUCGUCUGCCUCCCAUCCUCUUCGACUACCGCCACGUCUCUCCCGAGUACUGGCUGUCUACCGGAAGUGCCACAACCAUUGACUACACAAUCUCUCAGAUCGAGGUCUGCACCGGCAUUGCCAACACCGACUGCAACGCCGGCACUUCUGGCCUUGACGUCUCCGCUCACUCGUACUACUUGGAGGACAUCUCGGGAUGCGCUCCCUCUGCUUUUCAGUUCAAGCGUGAUGAUGGCAACUCGGGCUAUAACCAGACUGUUAUUGACAGGAUCAACAAGUGGGCUGAAGAGGACCGAGCUCUUGUUGCCUCUGGGCAGGCAUAA